AUGGGCCACCAUGGGUCAUGGCUGCACGCUUCCCUCCUCUGGGUGGCUGUGGCCAGCCUGCUCCUCCCCCCAGCCGUGACCCAGCAGCUGAGAGGGGCCAGCCUGGGCCCCAGCAACUGGAACAACAACGCAGGAGGCUCAGGGCUCUCAGAGGACCCGUCAGCUGAGGCUGGCCACCACGUCCACAGGCAUGGAGGCCGUGGAGAUGGCAAUGAGGGCAUUUCCACGGAGAACGGGAAUCACUUUCACAGCCACAGAGGACACCGAGAUGAGGACGAAGAUAUCUCCAGUGAAUACGGGCACCAAGUCCACGGCCACAGGUACCAAGGCCACGAGGUCGGGGAUGAGAAUGUCUCGUAUGAGGAGGUCUUCACGGAGCAUGUUCGGGAGGUCCCUGGGCACAGAGGCCAUGGAGAUGAGGAUGAGGAUGAUUCCACUGAACACGGGCACCAUGUCCCCAGACACAGGAGCCACAGUCAUGAAGAUGAGGAUGAAGAUGAGGGUAUCUCAGACGAACACCACCACCAUGACUCCAGUCACAGGCAUCCAGGCCACAGAGGAGAAGAUGAUGAUCACCAAGGCCACAGGGGAGAAGAAGAAGAAGAAGGUGAUGUCUCCACUGAACAUGGGCACCAUGCCCACAGGCACUGUGGUCACAGGAAUGAAGGUGAGGAAGAAGUCUCUGAUGAACACCACCACCAUGCUACCAGCCACAAGCACCAAGGCCACAGAGGAGGAGGAGAAGAAGAAGAAGAAGAUGAUGAUGAUGAUGUCUCCACCGAACAUGGGCACCAGGCCCACAGGCACCGUGAUUAUAGGAAUGAAGAUGAUGAAGAUGUCUCAGAUGAACACCACCAUGUUACCAGCCACAAGCACCAAGUCCACAGAGGAGAAGAAGAAGAAGAAGGAGAAGAUGAUGAUGAUGAUAUUGUCUCCAGUGAACAUGGGCACCAUGCCCACAGGCAUCAUGUUUAUAGGAAUGAGGAAGAUGAAGAUGUCUCAGAUGAACAUCACCACCAUGUUACCAGCCACAAGCAACAAGGCCACAGAGACCAGGAAGAUGAGGACAUGUUCACCGAACACUGGCCUCACAGUCCCAGACAUGGCCACCAUGGCCUUGGAGAUGAGGAGGAAGAUGAAGAAGAGGAGGAAGCAAUCACAGUCAAGUUCAGCCACCAUGUUCCAAGCCACCAACCCCAAGGCCACAAAAGUGACGAGGAGGAGGGCUCCCCAGAAGAGCAUAAGAAAGCAGUCCUUGGUCAUCACCACUACCGAGUCCCCGAGGAAGAUGAAGACGUCUCUGCUGAGCUUGGCCAUCACACUCCCAGCCACAGACAACAAAGCCAUGGAGAUGAAGGGACUGGCCAUGGUCACAGAAGGUCCAUCAAAGAAGAGCUUAGCCACCAGCCCCUAGAACACAAGGAUACAAGCUAUUUAAGGAAGACAGAUUCUGAGGAGGAAGAAGACAAGGAAGACCAUGGUUCCCACGAAGAAGAUGUUGAAGGUUCAGAGGAGAGAGAAGGUGCCCACCAUGGCAGCCUGCACCAAGAGGGUGAGCAUGAUGAGGAGGAAGGCCAUGGCCUCAGCCUGAGCCAGGAGGAGGAGGAGGAGGAGGAGGAAAACGAGACAGCUGAGGCUCGGGCUCCACUGGGCCAAGACCACCAGGAAGAGGAAGAGGAGGAGGAGGAGGGACUGGAGGAAGAGGAGCUUUCCUUCAUUAUCAUUCCCAACCCACUGGCCAGUAGGGAGGGGGCUGGAGACAUGUCCAGUGAAGAGGAGAGUGGUGAGGACACAGGUGCGCAAGAUGCCCAGGAGUUUGGCAACUACCAACCAGGGUCCCUGUGUGGCUACUGCUCCUUCUGCAAGAGAUGCACUGAGUGUGAGAAAUGUCACUGUGACGAGGAGAACAUGGACGAACACUGUGACCAGUGCCAGCACUGCCAGUUCUGCUACCUGUGCCCUCUGGUCUGCGAGACCGUCUGCACCCCAGGAAGCUACGUGGACUAUUUCUCCUCGUCCUUGUACCAAGCCGUGGCGGACCUGCUGGAAACUCCGGAACCCUGA